AUGUCUCUCGCCUCCCAACUCGCCGCCAUAACCACUCAAUUCGAAGCCACCGCGCCCUCCCACAUCAAAGACCCUAUCAACAACAGCAACACCCAUUUCCAAGAAACCUUCUCUCCCAGGCUCGCUCUCCAACCCGGCUCUCCCUCCCCCCCAUCACCCUCCCCAACGCCCUCGGAACCCCCAUUUCCACCCUCCUCAUAA